GUUGGGGAGGGGUACGCUUUUAUAAGAAACAGACAUGCUCUCUGCAAUUUGUGUUUUUGCCUGCUCCUUCUGUUUCGCUCCCUCUUCUUUCUCUCUCUAACUCUGUUUUCUUUUUUUGGUUUUCUGGUUCUGGUUGUUCGGUUUCGGUUCGUUGUUUUUCUCUCUGUUUUUUUGAGCUGCUGCUGGCAAGCUUUUGGCAUGCUCUAUUAAAACAAAAAAAAAAAAAACAACAAAAGCAAGAGAGAAAAAAAAAAAAAAAGAGUUAUCAAAGGAUUUUUGAGAGAGCUAAAGAGGGACAGAACUCUGCAGAGGAUUAAUUAUUUUUUUUUUUAUUUUUAUUUUUUGUUGGCUUUCAACUGGGUGUUUGGAAAGGAAGAAUUUUGACUAGGUGUUUUUUUUUUUCCUUUCUUUUUUCGGUUUAAUUUGGUUUUUCUUUCUUCUGGGGUGAUAGAGAAAGAUGCAGUAGAAGAUGAUGAUGUUUUGGACUGUGAUGAUUGGAGGAAUGUGUUUAAGAGGUUGAGAUUGGAAGCUUUCAAUUUAAUUCCUGCAACUCAGAUUCCAUUUCAAGCCCAUUUUUUUAUUAUUUUUUGGAGGUUUAAUUUUGGAAUGAAUUUAUUGGGCGUGGAAUUCAAGGUAAACUUCAUUUUGCCUGGUUGAGCUUCAUUUAAGGAAGAGAAAAGAAAAAAAGAAAAGAAAAAAAGAAAAAAAAAAUUAUUAAGAAAGUUGCUUUUUGUUCGUAUGAUUAGGAGCAAUUGUUGUAAGCUGGGCAUGCAAGGAAUUUGAGCUUUGGACGAACUAUUUCCUGGAUUUUUUUUUUUUAAAAGGAAAUAUUGUUUGUUUCGUAAGAAAGUUUGUUUAAUUGGAAAAAAAUGGCUUCCAACCCGUCGUCGGAAAUGCAUGAGCCGAGCAUCGAUACCGAUAAGUUAAGCUACGAGAUAUUCUCGAUUCUGGAGAGCAAAUUCCUAUUUGGCUAUGAUGAUCAGAAGCUCUGGGUUCCCAAACAGAUCUCUUCUCCGACCACCGAAUCCAAACCUGAAACUAUACCUCAAACGCUCGCCUCCGAUACCGGCGUCUCGGCGAUCAAAAACCAGAGGGGCAAAAUUUGCAUACUCAGCAUCGACGGCGGAGGCAUGCGUGGAAUUCUCUCCGGUAAAGCCCUAGCCUAUCUCGAACACGCGCUCAAGGCGAAAUCGGGCAAUCCCGACGCUCGAAUCGCCGACUACUUCGACGUCGCCGCCGGUGCCGGUUUCGGCGGCAUUUUCACGGCGAUGCUGUUCGGAACCAGAGACCAAAACCGUCCGAUUUUCAAAGCCGAAGACACAUGGAAGCUCUUGGCCGAGCAAGGGAGGAAGUUUUACCGUUCGCCGGCAGGUUCAGGCUCAAGCACCGGCGGUGGUUCCGGUUUCUUUCGGAAGCUUCGCCGGAGCACCGGAGGUUCUUCGACGAGCUCGUCCACGGCCGGUCUGGAAAAAGCCAUGAAAGAAGCUUUCGAAGACAAAGACAAGAAAAGCUUGACUCUCAAAGACACGUUGAAGCCCGUUCUGAUACCUUGCUACGACCUGUCCAGUACGGCGCCGUUUUUGUUCUCCAGAGCCGACGCGCUCGAGACCGACAGUUUCGAUUUCCGGCUCUGGGAAGUCUGCCUCGCCACGUCAGCCGAACCGGGUAUGUUCGAACCGGUUCAAAUGCGCUCCAUCGAUAAACAGACACGGUGUUUGGCCGUCGAUGGCGGUUUAGCCAUGAGCAACCCGACGGCGGCGGCGAUCACGCACGUGCUCCACAACAAACAGGAAUUCCCGUUCGUGCGAGGGGUUGAGGACCUUUUGGUACUUUCCAUAGGGACUGGUCAGCUUCUUGAAGUGAGCUUCGAGCACGAGCAGGUAAGGAAAUGGAAGGCCAAAGAAUGGGCCCGACCAACGGCUCGAAUCGCCAGCGACGGUUCGGCUGACAUGGUGGACCAAGCCGUAGCCAUGGCCUUCGGUCAGUGUCGAAGUAGUAAUUACGUGCGAAUUCAGGCAAAUGGGCCAAGCUUGGGACGGUGCGGACCGAAUGUAGAUACAGACUCAAGUCCGAGUAACGUAAAAAUGCUGCUUGGACUAGCAGAAGAGAUGCUAAAACAGAAAAAUGUUGAAUCAGUACUAUUCGGUGGUAAGAGGAUUGUUGAACAGAGCAAUUUUGAGAGGCUUGAUUGGUUUGCUGGGGAACUGGUGCUAGAGCAUCAGAGGAGGAGUUGCAGAAUAGCUCCCACUGUUGCUUUCAAGCAGGCUACUCCAAGAACAACCUAGAUAACAUCUAGCAACAAAAAUCAAAACCCAACAACUAAAAAAGGGGAAAAGAGACAUUGGAGAAAACAAUAAAAGAAAUGGGGAAAAAAAGGUCAUAUGUUUAUAGUUGCUUUUUUUUUUUUUAUAUUUUAUAUUUUUAUUUUUUUAGUGGUGAUAGGAAGAAAAGAAGAGCUGGGGGAAGGGAAUAGACUGAAAAGGACAAGUACUGUAAAAAAGAUGCAAGAUCUUAGUGCGAUACUUUGCCUACCUUAGGACAGGCAUUGGUGGUGUCCACUCCAACCUUUCUACAAUGGCACAGAACCAAAAGAAUAGAAAAGUGAAAGAGUUCAAAAAAGCUUUUGAAGGUCAAACAAGUAUCAGGUGUGAAUCUAUUGAUUUUUAAAUUUGCUACUUUACCUUAGGGUGGGAAAACAGAACUGUUUCCAUAUAUUUCCUUUACCCUUUUACCAUCAUAAUUUUUUUUUUUUUUUAAUGUUUUCCACUAUCUUUUCCUUUUUUCGUCAUUUCAUCCCUAGUCUCAAGAAACUUGAGUGUGGGACUGUUGGAUGGUGGGCAACCUUCUGAUUGAAACCCAGAAAAUAUAGCCAAAGUUCUUUGUCCGUCUUUGGUUUUUUUUUUUUUUUUUUUUUUUUGGAAAGUAUAUUUUUCUUAGUUCAGUAUAGAUUGUAGUGGAGGAGAAGAAUUGUAAGAAUGGGUAUCUUCCUAAAGAAACAGCAGAUUAUAUAUCUCUUGAAUGGGGAUUGAUUGGUGGGCCAUUAUGGAUCAGUAGUCAUUUGGAACCCUUUUCUAUAGGGGUGAAAAAAGAAAAAGAAAAAGAAGAUAGUAAAUUCUUGUACACUGUACUGUAUCAUACAGGAUUGAAAGGUCCUCCAUUUGGAAUUACUCUUUUGACAUUUUGGUGAUUGUUUAAAAGCUUAGAGCAAGAAAUUUCAACUUUUUUUUUUUGGUUGGUUGUAUAUGUUUGUAUUACAAGUAGUAUUGGUUGAUGGUUUGGAUUUU